AUGGCAAACACCGCCGCUGGGGAUCGCGAACCCCGGGGCAGGGCGGGUCCGCGCCCCAGAGCGCUUUCUGAGGACUUUGACGACGAAGACGACUUCGGCUCGACCUCCCGACAUCUAGAAGCUUUUGGGCGGAAAGUCACCGCGACCGCAAACCACCUCAUCGGCCCGCUAGGAGAUGCCGGCGUCAGCCAGCAUUACCACAAUGCUCUCGGCGAAAUCCACCGUGAGCUACGGCGGCCCGGCAUACAACGGUCUGUCUUCAACCUCGCACAGGCUACACCAAGAGAACUCGUGCGCUCAAAACUGUCUGUUUCUGAGAUCCAACAACGCGCCCUGACCUACCUCCCCGACGAACUCCUUGCCGACAUACCAGAAUCUAAUCCGACAUACUCGCUUUUCGAAGGCUUUCAAGCCACCCUGCCCGAGGAAGAAAAAGCACAAAAAAAGAGGCACGGACCGCGUCAUAACUCAAAAGGGCAGCGUUUGAUUGGCGGGCAUGACACUGACGAGGAGAAUGUGCCGCCGUCACUGCAAAAGCUGAAGAAUGAGAAGGCGUCUUUGGCCCAUCGCCUGGAAAUGAUGAGCGUGCGGAAAAACAUGUGCAGCGCAGAGAUUCGGGAGAUUGACAACAAAAUUUACAACCUCAACACCAUGCGCAAGAUAGUCCUCGAUAGGCUUGCAGGAUUGGAGGACGAGGAGGCGGAGGUUGAGCACGAGUUGAAUGACGUGGAAAACAAGCUGGAGGAUAUGCAGGAGGAGCUUGAGGACCAGGCCGCUCUAUCACAAAAGUCUCCAGUAACGCCGGUCGCUCCUGACUCGGAACACAGCAACGAGGGUUCUCCUGGGUUUAUGUCGGAGUCUAUCUACGAAAAGCUGCCAUCACGAUCUCCCAAGACUGGAAGGAAACGGAAAACUCACCGACGGAUCUCUAUGCCUGUCCUACAUGAACACCUGGAGCCUGGUUCUAAGAUCAAGGAGCUUGCUGGACAUACGGAUAUCGUGACUGCUUUGGAUUUCGAUAUGCCUUUCGGGACCAUGGUGACUGCGGCCUUGGACGACACUGUACGAGUUUGGGAUCUGCAUGCUGGCCGGUGUAUGGGGAUGCUGGAGGGCCAUCUUUCCUCCGUCCGCUGUCUGCAGGUCGAGGAUAGUAUUGUCGCGACUGGGUCUAUGGAUGCAACCAUUCGUCUCUGGGAUCUAAGCCGCGCUGAAUACGCCCCCCGGGACAACCGUAUCAACAAGGAUGGCGACGGCGAGGAGGACGACGAGGAUGCAUUAGGGUUCGAGAACCCUGGGGAUGCCCCGCCACCACCACCGCCGACUAGCAUGCAGGACUGCCCAUUGUUUACUCUCGAUGCACACGUAGCGGAGGUCACUGCUCUGCAUUUCAGGGGUGAUACCCUUGUGUCAGGGUCGGCUGAUAAGACGCUGCGCCAGUGGGAUCUUGUGAAGGGACGAUGUGUACAAACACUUGAUGUGCUUUGGGCGGCCGCUCAGGCAUCAUCGACCAUGAGCCCGGCCGACGGGUGGCGACAAACAGGCCGGGUGCCGGAUGCAUCUGCCGAUUUUGUUGGCGCCUUGCAGUGCUUCGAUGCCGCUUUGGCGUGUGGUACAGCAGACGGAAUGGUUCGCUUGUGGGAUCUCAGGAGCGGCCAAGUUCACAGGAGUCUUGUGGGUCAUACUGGUCCAGUGACGGCCCUGCAAUUUGAUGAUGUACACUUGGUGACGGGCAGUCUUGAUAGAAGUAUUCGGAUCUGGGAUCUCCGAACUGGAUCCAUUUUCGAUGCGUUCGCAUACGAUAACCCUGUCACAAGCAUGGCGUUCGACACGCGGAGAAUUGUGGCCGCAGCUGGCGAGGAUGUGGUCAAGGUAUACGACAAGACGGACGGUAGACAUUGGAAUUGCGGUCCUGGUGCGAUAGAAGAGGAACCCGCGGCGCCGCUUUCCCCCAUCGAGAAGGUUCGGAUCCGGGAGGGGUACUUGAUUGAAGGCCGUAAAGAUGGCGUCGUCGGCGUUUGGUCCUGUUAG